AUGACUUUGCCAACCAUUCGAGUACACUGGUUGAACGAAUCGAGAGCAUUCAGGGUCUUAUGGCUCCUAGAUCACCUGAAACUCGACUAUGAGAUUAUUCCUUAUAAGAGGGACGAAGGCCACCGCGCUCCCGAAUCCCUCAAGAAGAUUCACCCGCUGGGAAGAUCACCUUUAGUUGAAAUUGAGGAUAAGAGUACCGGUAAGAAGAAAAUUCUGGCGGAAUCAGGGUAUAUCUUUCAAUAUAUCUUACAGCACUUCGAUCAGUCGAAUAUACUGAACAAUACAGAUGCCGACAUGUCUGAGAAGAUUCAAUACUAUUUGCACUAUGUCGAAGGCUCGCUGCAGCCACCCUUAAUGAUCGAAUAUCUUCUAUCUAUGGUACAGAAAGCGCCAAUCCCCUUCCCAAUUUCCUACCUAGCAGGCAAAAUCACGGGCAAGAUAAGCGAGAAAUACUCCAGCGGUGAGCUAAAGAGCCAGCUGGAUUUUGUUGAGGGCGAGAUUUCAAAGAACCGGGGAUAUCUAGUCGAUGGCAAACUGAGCGGGGCAGACAUUUUGAUUUCUUUUCCAUUGCAAAUGGCUUUCCUGCGGGGAUUCGCGAAGCCAGCGGACUACCCUAACAUACAAAGUUGGAUGAAGAUCAUAACGUCUUUGGAUUCAUAUUCAGUCUCCAAAGACAAGGCGAAUGCCCUUGGUGGGAAGUUUUAA